AUGGAAUUGGAGCAACCCAUUUUGGAUUUCGAGCAACUCGUGUUGAGAGAGGCUGUUUCUGUUUCUGCUCAAAAAGUUAACCAAAACCACAGCAAAGCAAGUGCUAAGAGCACCAAUGCAGAUAGACUAAACACUUCUCGACCUUCCGACCACCGUUGCCGUCGCUCCGAAUCCUCCAGGACACUGGAAAUGGGUGUGCCAUGGAACUACUCCCCGGAGGAAAAACUAUCUUGGGUGCGCUCUCAAAUCAUUGGUGGCGAAGCAGAAAUCGAUUCUCCUUCCGGGAAAAGAAGACUCACCUACGCUGAUCACACCGCCACCGGCCGGUCUCUUCUAUAUAUCGAAAAUUUCAUCACCCACAACGUUCUUCCCUUUUAUGGGAAUACUCACACGUGUGACAGCUACGUGGGGGACCGGACAACAAAAUUGGUGCAUGAAGCAUCCAACUACAUCAAGAAAUGCUUGGGUGGUGGAAAUGAUGAUUCCCUCUUGUUCUGCGGUUCCGGCUCCACCAGAGCCAUUAAAAAGCUUCAAGAAAUAAUCGGCGUUGCCGUGACACCAAUCUUGUGGGAGAGGGUAAUAAAAUGCCUCACUAAGGAGGAAAGGUGGGUGGUUUUUGUUGGGCCUUAUGAGCACCACUCGAACCUUCUUUCAUGGCGGAAUAGCUUGGCUCAAGUGGUAGAGAUUGGUUUCGAUGAUGAUGGUUUGAUUGACAUGGAGGCUCUACGACUACAACUUGAAUCGUAUAAACAUGCCAACAGGCGUAUUUUGGGUUCUUUUUCGGCUUGUAGCAAUGUGACUGGAAUUUAUUCGGAUACACGAGCAAUUGCUAGACUUCUUCACCAAUAUGGAGGCUUCGCAUGCUUUGAUUUUGCAGCAAGCGGUCCAUAUGUGGAGAUUGACAUGAGGUCCGGCGAGAUGGACGGCUAUGAUGCCGUUUUCCUUAGCCCGCAUAAGUUUCUCGGUGGCCCCGGAUUGCCGGGCAUUCUUCUGAUGAGCAAUGCCCUUUAUCUCUUAAAAUCUUAUCCACCAUCAACUUGUGGAGGUGGAACUGUUAAUUAUGUCAACGGCUUAAGUGAAAAGCACACGGUAUAUAAAGAGGAAAUUGAAGAAAGGGAAAAUGCUGGGACUCCUCAAAUAAUCCAGACAAUUAGAGCAUCAUUGGCCUUCUGGGUAAAGGAAUAUAUUGGCUACCAAGUGAUUGAAAAUAAGGAGCAAGCCUACAUACACAGAGCACUUCAGAGGCUUCUCCCAAACAAGAACAUUUGGAUUUUAGGAAAUACAACCACCAAACGACAAGCCAUAUUGUCUUUCCUCAUUUAUAGUACGACCAAUAAUUCCUCCUUGUCUGGCCUCAAAAACAAUAAGCCACUUCAUGGACCAUUGGUUGCAUCACUCUUGAAUGACUUGUUUGGCAUCCAGGCUCGAGGUGGGUGCGCUUGUGCUGGACCCUAUGGCCACGUCUUGCUUGGUGUCGAUGACACCUAUUUAGUUGCCAUCAGAGAUGCUGUUGCAAAGGGGUAUGUGGGAACAAAACCCGGAUGGGCUAGAAUCAGCUUUCCCUACUACAUGUCUGAGGAGGAGUUUGAGUUUAUUUUAGAUGCAGUGGAGUUUUUAGCUAUUUAUGGGCAACGGUUCAUUCCUUUGUACCACUACAAUUUUGGAACAGGAGCCUGGACUUUUAAGAAGGAGGCAUUUCAGGAGCUUCUCAACAAGGAAAACAACUUGGAAGAUUACAAUUCUAAGGCGUGUGGCGAUGAAAAGCGAAAGAAGAUGAGUAAAUAUAGAGGUUAUUUAGAAGCUGCAAAGUACAUUGCUAGUUUGCUUCCCAAGUUCCCUUCUCAGCGUAGACUUCCGGAGCAGAUUGAUCCCAACAUUUUCCAUUUCAGAAUCUAG